UAUCCUUGACAUAUCGUAAAAUUGUUCGUGAUCAGCAAAAAUUGCAAAAUUUCAUUUAAAAAUUGUGGAAGUAAUUAUUAAUAUUAAAAACAUAGAAACACACAUCGAAUUGUUAAUUCAUUUUCUCUAGCUCUAAUAAUUUAUAAAUAAAUAUAUAUAUAUAUAUAAAUGUUAUUAUGCAAUAAUAUUAUUAAAAUUAGAAUUAAUCUAAUAUGUGUGUGAGAGACACUCUAUUUGAUUGAAUAGAGUAAUAUGAACAAAAGAAAAGUAUCAGUCAUCUGUUUUUUUUUUUCAAAAGAGAAAAAAAGAAAGGGGGAUGUCUAAAAUAGAAAAUACAGAUCUCACAGCUGGAGGAGAUGCACCUCCUGUUGAAGCGAUAAAGACCGAUUGCGCUGACAGUACAAUCGCACACGCAGUAAAAGGAACUGAUGUAAUACCGGAAGCUGCAUCCACGGAAGAAAUUGCAAAAGAGGUAUUAAUCGCGCAGGCCGAGCGUUCGAUAGAAGCGACAAUUGACACAAAUGUACCUAGCGGAGUAGAAGUCGCCAAUCCAGAUGCACAUAUUGAAGAGAUUACUAACAUAAUCACAGAGAUUGCUCAUGCAGCUAAGGAGGACGUGAACCCGGUACGAACCGAAGCGCAAGGGUCCGCUAAUAAUUCUGUGAUCGCUCUUCGAAGCGAAGAAACGCCACAGUCGAAAUCUGAAGAAAAGGCUGAUACGUCAAAGCAGGAUGCAAGAAGUAACAACGCGGCGUAUAUAUCCAGAUUGGAGGCGGAAGUGCGGGUGAGAAAAUCUUCCGAGAGCACGGAACCCUGUCCUGAAAGAAUCGAAUCACCUCAGCUCGAUAACGAAAAAAGAACAAAGGAGCGCGACAGUUAUCAGAAGAAGUUGGAAGAUGCGGAGACGAAGCUGGCCGCCUUGCAAACAUCCUACGACGCGAUAAUAAGUCACGGCGGUGACGAGGAUACCCUGCAACAAUCGGUGGAGCAGUUGCGCGGACAACUGGUACAGACGGCAUUGAUGUACGAGGAACGUAAUCGCGUGGUUGCUAAUCAGGAGAACCAGAUCAAUGCUCUGAACAAUCAAGUGACCUCGUUGAAGGAAGUGAUAUCGAUCACCCGGGAUCUAUUGCAGAUCCGUAACAUGGAGGUGAAACAGCUGCAAGCUGAAGUCGAUAAUAUGGAGAAGAAGAUUUCCGAGGAACGCGAUCGGCAUAACGCGAUGAUUAGCAAGAUGGACGCGGCGAUGAGACUCAAUGCCGAUCUCAAGAAGGAAUAUGAAACCCAGUUAUCUCUGUUUCAAAGUCUUCGUGAGAAAUACGGCGAAAAGAUCACUCUGUUGUCGAAGGAGAAGGAAGCCCUCGAAACGGCCGCCUCUGCACCCAAAUGAAAAUACUUUCGCAUGUCCUCAACAUCAUUAAUAGACAUAUUUGAAACAUAAAUUCUUUUUUAUCUGUCAAUCUAAUGUGCAUUAAAAACGUUUUCUUUGUCGUCGUA